AUGCCUCAACUCCCGCGCUACGAGUAUACCGGUCCAGUGGAUUGCAGAGUCCCGCCAAACAGAGCGGCCCUGAAAGGCAAGAGCGUCAUAAUCACCGGAGGUGCCAAUGGCAUGGGUGAGGCGACCGCGCGCGCCUUUGCGGCAGAAGGAGCAUUUGUGACUAUUGCCGAUUUUGAUGAGACUCGAGGAACGUUAGUAGCACAGGAACUUAACCCGAAAUCCUGGUGCAGCAAUGCCCAGUUUGUCAAAUGUAAUAUCACUUCAUGGGAUGACCAAGUCGAGAUGUUUGAAGCGGCCAUUGCAAACUCUCCGCACAAGAGCUGUGACAUUGUCAUUGCGAACGCAGGUAUCAGUCGUGCUUCUGGGGAUGAUCUGUGGCCUUUAGAUGAUCCUAAUGCACCGCCCGUCAAACCCGAGCUCAACAUUGUCAAUGUCAACUUAAUUGGGACAAUGUAUACCUGGAAACUGGCAAUACACUACUUCCGCAAACAACCAGACACAGAAGACCGGGAUCGAUGUUUCAUAAUAACUGGAAGUAUGGUGGCGUGGAUCGACUCGCCGGCAAAUUGGCAGUACACGAGCAGUAAAUAUGGAUUAAGAGGCCUUAUGAGAACUGCUCGUCGCAAUUCUCAUGAGCAGGGUAUUCGAAUCAACUAUGUCGCGCCAUGCUAUAUCAAGAGCGCAAUUCGCUCAGCUAACUACGAAGCAGAGCUAAUUGCCAAGGGAGUCGAGUUCGCACCACAGGAAGAUGUGGCCCUGUGCAUGAUGAGAUUGGCAACGGAUAGGAGUAUCAAUGGCCACUCUUUGAUGAUCACACCGAAAUCUGUCGCUAGUGAGGGAUUCAUGGACUUUGGUUUAGAUGACCACACUGAAGAUGGAUACCUUAAGCGCACUCAGGAUGUCCAGCUCCAGAUUAUCGAAGAUCAAUGGGUUCCAGGAUGGAGCAAAGGGAGAACUGCAGAGGGUGCUACCAAGAGUUGA